AUGAGCCAGCUCUGCCCCUCUGCAGCCCUUCUAGUCUUCCUGGGCACCCUGGUGGCCAGCACCCCAGGGGGUGAAAACAGCAACCAGGCCCAGGCCCUGCACCCUGCCUUCUGCCUGGAGCCUCCCUACGUGGGUCCCUGCAGGGCCCUGUUCAUCGGGUACUUCUACAAUGCGAAGUCCAGGCUCUGCGAGACCUUUGCUUACGGCAGGGGCAGAAGGAAGCAGAACAACUUCCUGGAUAAGGAGGACUGCAUCAGCACCUGUGGUGGCUGCAACAGGGCUCAGGAGAGCCGGGCAACUGUGCUCCCCUGAGAUGGCAGUCUUAGGAGGCCCCAGGGCUGGGCUGCUGCUGCUUCUGAAAGAUUUGAGCCUUCUCCUCUACUUCCUUCUCAAACCUACCUUCCUCAGCAGGACCCUGCCUCUUUCCUCACUGCAUCCUCAC